UCGGCUCUCUCUCUGCCGUCGCUGCGACGGCCGACUCAUAAGCACCGCGAGCGUCCUAUCGUGCCAGCUCCCGAGACAUUUCGUCCGCCAUCGCGCAGGCAGAUAUCAUCGGAUAAGCGACAGGAUAACAGUGCUACUCCGCACGGCUUUAUCGCUCCCACCAGUGGCAGCAGACCCGCACCGACGAUAGAAGCCGGCUCGUCGAGCGAUACGAGCGCGUGGCGUGCAGGCAUGCGAGACUGGCGGUGCGGCCGAUCUCGGCGUGUCUCUCUGUCGUCAUCGCCAGCUGUUCGAGGGUGAGGCAACGCGGUUUCCGCUAGGGCGUCGCGUGCUCGACGGGCGCGUAGUCGGGGCGAGCGCCGCAGCAGCCAGACCCUCGUGCGUGGGCCCGCGUGUCGCGCGGGCGUCGGUUAUGACGGCGUCGUUGUCCGCGUGCUGCGAGCGGCCUCGACGAUGACGGACAACGCUCCCCCGUGCCCUCGCAAGGAUCCCGUGCGGCUGGGUCCAGUCCUGGAGGAGAGCGUCGCCUGCAGCUCAUCGGUGGUGCUGGCGCCGCCGUGCGACUCCGAGAACCGCCACCUGACCUGGCGCGAGCGAUGGGUGCCCUUCUUCCGCGGCUUGGGCCUCGAGUCCGUGCUGUUUCUCUACACCGUCACGUUCGCCAUGCGCUUCGUGGUCACCCAGCAGCUGUUCAUGGCCAAGGCGUGCCUGUCGGCCUACCCCGACGACGUGUGCGCCACGCUCAGCCAGCAGAACGCCACCGUGCGCGACGCGGUCACCCGCAACGCCAACGUGCACAACCUGCUGCUGGUGCUCGCCGAGUUCGUGCCCGCCGCGGUCGUGUCCGUGUUCCUCAGCUCGUGGUGUGACAAGCACGGCAACCGCAUCCCCUUGCUGCUCAACUUGUGCGGCGCGUUCGUCUUGGACGCCGGCACCAUCGUGACCGUGCUAGUCUUCUCGGCGCCGAUGUACGUGAACGUCAUCCUCGGGCUGGUGUGCGGCAUGACCGGUGGCCUGGUCUGCAUGACGGCCAUCGUCGAGAGCAACGCGUCGCGCUCCUCGCGCGAGGACAUGCGCGCCGUCAAGUUCCUCGUCGUCAUGAGCGCCCUGCUCGUCGGCGUCCAGUUGGGACAGGUGAUCUCGGGCGAACUGUUCAGCGCGGGCGGGUACCUGCCCGUGUACUGCGUCUCCGUCGGCAUAGUGUUGUGCAGCAUACUGGUGGUGCUAGUGUUCAACGCCGGCACCUCGUCGUCGACGUCUCGCCUUCGCGACAUGCUCAGGGACCUGCGGAUGCACAACUUCAAAGAGGGCUUCGACGCGGCCUUCGGCUGGAGACCGCACGGACUCAGGCACCGUCUCGUGCUGCUCGCCCUCUCCCUCGGCGUCAUACUCUUCAACGCUGAAACCGGCAAGAGCAUCUCGUUCUACUUCUCUCUGCGGCGCUUCCAUUGGAGCGUCGCCAUGUACUCCAACAUGGCGGCUGGCUUCGGGGCGCUGGACAUCGUGUGCUCGGGCCUCUUCAUCGGCAUCUGCAGCCGCGUGCUCAAGCUGCCCGACCUGGCGAUGGCCAUGGCCGGCAUCCUCUCCAUGACAGCUUUUCUCAUCAUCAAGGGCUUCUCGCGCGAGCCCUGGAUGUUCUACAUGGGCUGCGCUCUUGGUUCCCUGAGCAGCGUGACACCCGUGGCCAUCUUGUCCAACGUGUCAAAACUCAUCAGCAAGGACGAAGCCGGUGCGUACCCGCGACCAUUUUGGCUUCGGCCUGUAGUUUCCGAAGGCGUUCAGUUGACUUUCUAUCCUGGGAAGCUGCAACACCCGCUCUAA